AUUAGAGGUCACUGUAAGCUGCUGUUUUCUAAUAAUGUAAACUCGGCCGGCAUCGCGUCGCGUUAUGACACGAAUGUGACCUUUGAUUCUUUCUCAAAUAGCUCAACAAUUCUUACUUUUCAUUGUCGGUGCGCACUAAAGUUUUCAUUUGCUCCAUUUCAGCUGCCCCCAGGCCCCAAUUCGCGCACCGUUUCAACAACCAUUCCCUCCUUGUGAAGUCGAAUCGGCGCCAUGGAUUCCAUGGACCUCGACGUCGAAAUGGAUGUGGACGUGGACCUUGUUCCCGAUGAGCCCAUAGUUCUGGACCCGGAGCCUCAAGAUACAUGUGCCAACCGCUCCCCCGGGGAGAUAGAAGAGCCUCUCGGUGACGAGGUCGCCCUCGUUCCGGGUAAGAUCCAUGUCAGAGGACUAGAUGUCAUGAAUUCAGAUGAGGUUAGCGCAUAUGUCGCGGAACAUUUCUCAAAUGAGCCUAUCGAACGAAUAGAAUGGAUAGAUGAUACUUCGGCCAACCUAUUAUUCAGCUCCCAUGCAGCCGCGACACGCGCUCUUACUUCGCUAGCAGUAGAAGAUAUACGGGAUAUUCAUCAACUCCCCCGGCGGAAGCUUAUGCCUGCCAAAUCUUUCUCCAAAAGGCCUGAUGUCAGGUUACAGGUACGACUGACAGUCGGCAGCGAUAAGAAGCAAGCGGGGGCUGCGUCGAGGAGCCGAUUUUAUCUUCUAAACCCCGAAUUUGACCCGGAAGAGCGGCGGCGACGGGAGAGGAGAUAUCGCGAGCGGGACGGCAGUAAGGAUUAUGGCCACGCAAGGGCAAGGGACAGCUGGUACCCUGUGGUCGAUGAUCAAUUCGAUGUUAGCCUAUAUGACGACGAUCAAGCCGCUCUGGCUGGCCGCAAUUCACAACCACAGCCUCGUCGCCGGUCACCUCAUGCACCAGAUACUACGGACGGACAUAGAGCGGAGAGAAAUGUAUACCGAGAUGACAACCGCGGCAAGGAGCUGUUCCCCGAUGGUCCGGGCGAUAGAAGCAGAUCUCGUCGGAACCGGUCCGCUUCUCCUGCUCGUGACCGGCAGAGUAACCGGAAGACAGAUUACAUUUCGAGUAGCGGGUCUUCAUCUAGAAACCGCGAUAGAGCGCACGCCAUCAAAAGCCGUUCCUCCCAAAGUACCCGAGCCAGGCAGCUCUUUCCGGAGAAGUCUUCAGCCGGCACUGGGCACCUCAAGGAUGACGUCAAUGACGCCUUAACUUCGAUAACCAAGGGGAUGAUGUUAUCUUUAGAUGAGACCAGCGCGGAACUAGGAGACCAAGAUCGGAGGCCUGGGAACCGAAUUACCAUCCCGGGAAAAGACAGGAUUGCGACUGAAGUUUUGGAAACAGACGCAGGUGAUGCUACGGGCACGGUUUUCAGCAUUCGUGGCACAGCUAGCCGGACAAACUCUCAUCAAGGCUUCGCGAUCAGGGGGAGUGCAGGUAAGUCGGCCAAAGAGCUAUUCCCAGAGAAAUUCGGUAUCAAUGCAGGGAAGGAACUUUUUUCAGAUAGGCUGGAGGGUAAAAGGUCAAGGCCGCGGCAGAGGGCAAGAGACUUGUUUGAUUAAGGCACGUAACAGCAGGAAGUGUCAGCGAUUGGUUUAGUAGCUCGCGUGCAGAUGAGCCUCUGCGUGCUAGGUUGUUUUACAAACGCUUGGGGACCGAUUGGCCUGGGAUAAAGACUGGUUGAGUAGCGAGAGGGCAACGCCAGAAAAUAAACGAAGGUUGGCCUGGUUUCUUUAGAAUUUCGUAACUGCUUCUAUCUCUGAGGCUAGUAUACUACACAGUCUACACGUUUACCUAGUAGACUAAAGGUAAGGUUACA